AGAGAUGCGGGACUGAUUGUACAGGUAUCAGCAUGAAAGAGUUGUCAGCUGAGGAGUGAAUUGUUCAAGAUGGGAGACAUUCAAGAAACGAGGUUCCACUCCACUCUAAUAUUCUGGAAGUUACGGUCAGUCUGGGGGUGAGCAGCAAAGUUAUUCUUCCUAUGGAAAUCAAGGCAGUCAAGGUUAUGGACAAGCACCACAAGUUACUCACAAUCCUACGGUGGUUAUGAGAAUCAAAAACAGAGCUCAUAUGGCCAGCAAUCUUAUAAUAACCAGGGACAGCAAAACACGGAAUCAUCAGGAGGCAAAGAAAAUUAUUCUAAGUGAAAUUCAAAUAGAGGCAAUGGGGAAAGAUUUGUGAGGCCAGACUAUCAGUUUAAUGAGAGUGCUUUGAAAAGUAGAGAGAGAGUACAAAUGUAGGGGCUAAUAUCCAGAAAGCAUGCUACAUUGGAAGGAGGAACUCUUCAAGCCCUACUACCAAAGUGGAAGAGCGCCUUCAUAUGACCAGUCAAACUAUGGUCAACAAGAUUCGUAUGGCCAGCAGUCAGGCUAUGAUCAUCAAGGUUCAUAUGAUGAGCAGUCAAAUUAUGACCAGCAGCAUGAUUCCUAUAAUCAAAACCAGCAGUCCUACCAUUCACAAAGGGAAAAUUACAGCCACCACACACAAGAUGACCGUCGUGAUGUGAGUAGGUAUGGAGAAGAUAAUAGAGGAUAUGGCGGGUCACAGGGAGGAGGUAGAGGGCGUGGGGGAUAUGACAAGGAUGGAAGAGGUCCUAUGACAGGAUCAAGUGGUGGUGACCGCGGUGGCUUCAAAAAUUUUGGUGGUCACAGGGAUUAUGGACCCAGGCCAGAUGCUGAUUCAGAAUCUGAUAAUUCAGAUAACAACACAAUCUUUGUGCAAGGACUUGGGGAGGGUGUGUCUACAGAUCAAGUGGGGGAGUUCUUUAAACAGAUAGGAAUUAUCAAGACCAAUAAGAAGACUGGAAAACCAAUGAUAAAUCUGUAUACAGACAAGGACACAGGGAAGCCAAAAGGGGAGGCGACAGUGUCAUUUGAUGACCCUCCUUCAGCUAAGGCAGCCAUUGACUGGUUUGAUGGGAAAGAAUUUCAUGGCAACAUCAUUAAAGUGUCCUUUGCUACCAGAAGACCUGAAUUUAUGAGGGGAGGUGGAAGUGGAGGCGGGCGGCGAGGCCGUGGAGGAUAUAGAGGCCGUGGAGGCUUUCAGGGGAGAGGUGGAGACCCCAAAAGUGGGGACUGGGUUUGCCCUAAUCCGUCAUGUGGAAAUAUGAACUUUGCUCGAAGGAACUCCUGCAAUCAGUGCAAUGAGCCCAGACCAGAGGACUCUCGUCCCUCAGGAGGAGAUUUCCGGGGAAGAGGCUACGGUGGAGAGAGGGGCUAUAGAGGUCGUGGGGGCAGAGGUGGAGACCGUGGUGGCUAUGGUGGAGACAGAAGUGGGGGUAGCUAUGGUGGAGACAGAAGUGGGGGUGGCUAUGGAGGAGACAGAAGUGGGGGUGGCUAUGGAGGAGAUAGAAGUGGGGGUAGUUAUGGUGGGGACAGAGGAGGUGGCUAUGAUCGAGGCGGCUAUGGAGGAGACCGAGGCGGUUACGGAGGAGACCGAGGCGGCUACGGAGGAGAUCGAGGCGGCUACGGUGGGGACCGAGGUGGCUACGGUGGGGACCGAGGCGGCUACGGUGGGGACCGUGGAGGCUACGGUGGGGACCGAGGAGGCUACGGUGGGGACCGAGGAGGCUACGGUGGGGACCGAGGAGGCUAUGGUGGAGACCGAAGUGGGGGGGGCUACGGAGGAGACCGUGGUUGUGGCGGUGGCUAUGGUGGAGACCGAAGUGGAGGCUAUGGAGGAGAUCGGAGUGGUGGCAGCUAUGGAGGAGACCGAGGUGGCUAUGGAGGCAAAAUGGGAGGAAGAAACGACUAUAGAAAUGAUCAGCGCAACCGACCAUACUGAUGACUGUUUUGAAUGUUCCUUUGUCUCUGACAUGAUCCAUAGUGAAAUUGCCAGAGUUUUGCCUGCUGCUUUCCUGGUGGCCUCUUCUUGGGUAGUGAAAUUAAGUGACAUUUAGAAUUUUAUUUGGGUGGUAGGGCUGGGACAGUUUUUCUUUAGUAAUGUCUGUUGGAAUUUUCCCCUUUAGUUUCCAACUUUCCCCUUCCCAACCCUUGAAGCUAAGUGCGUUGUAAAAUAUUGCCAAAAUGGAAAGUGUUUUAUAAUACUACAAUAAAGGCUUCUUGUUUUGUGGA